AUGAUGGACGUCGACGCGCCUUUGUUUAAUCCCGCGAAGAGGAGAAAGUUCAUGCGCAGACGAGCGGACGAUGCGAAGCCCGAAGACGAGCCGGACACAUCAGGGCAACGAAUGGCCGAGCUGGAUACACGAAUAUCUCCCGUCCACGAUGACAUGGAAACAGACGAUACCCAUGUUGCCGAUAUAGUGCGUCUUCGCAAACCACACCGAGUACGGAAAGGCGGUAUAGAGUUCUCAACGUCGCGGUUGGGGCGAAAUGACUCUCUCAUCCCAGCGUCCGAGGCAGUGGCCGACGAGGCUGAAAUGGCUAAACGUCGCCUUGGGACGUUGCCGUCGGAGACAGCAGAUCCUACUGAUCCCACCGAUCACGAUUCACGGCGAGCUGCAGACAACACGUCGGCAGAGUUACAUCUACCGCAGAGACAGCCGGCAACUCUGGGGAAGCUACACGAGAUCGAUCUCGGACCCGACUCUAAGCUUCAAAACAUUGCAAGGACCGAAGCAGCUACCAGGAACCUUGUAAAGGGGGAUUCUGCAACUCCCGAGGGUGACGACGACACAUUCAACAAAACCCGUCUUGAUAAGGAUGGCAAGCCGAUACGCAGCAGCCGGAGGAGGCGUAAUAGCGAAGAUGUCAUGCGAGAUCGGCUAGUGGAAGAAGUUUUGCGCGAGAGCAAACUCGAUGUCUACGAAGAACCCCAGCGCUUGCCGCUUGAGGACGAUCAAGCCGCUGAUGAUCGAAUUGCAGAUCAAUUCCGUAGAGACUUCUUAGACGCCAUUCACUCGAGAAGACGCGGAGCCCGAACCCGAAAUACCAAAACAACCAAGACGGAUGCACCACGUGGACCGAAACUCGGUGGUAGUCGUAGUGCAAGGGCAGCCAUGCGAGAGCAGCAGAGCAAAGCCCAGAAGUAG